AAGGCGCGAGGUCGUGCUGAGGCCAAUGAGGGUCGUCGCUCGGAAAUUCUCCUCGCCAGUCUUUCCCGAGCUCUCUUGCCCACCCUCGCGUCCUCGUGGAGAGCUCGCAGGAACAUGGCGGGAAUGCCGGACGACGGUGAUGGCCUCGUGCCGGAUCAGAGGCCCCCAUUGGGUGAAGCAGACUCGCUGAAUACAGAGAACGAAGAGCUUGGCCGCUGGAGCCACUUCUCACUUGCCAUGUUGGCAGCAGAGCAAGAAGCGGCUUCUGCCGAACAACGGGGAGAGGACUGUGACGACGAUGAUGACCCCUCUGCUCGGCGCCAUGAGCUCGAGGAGCCCGACCCUGUCACAAAGCUGGAACGCUACGCUUAUAGCGACAUUGUCUUCAAUCGACAGCUUGUGGCUCGGAAUAUCGUGGACACCUUGCGUGUUUGCCUUGAUUCUCCAGAUGCUGUCAGUGCAGUGCUGUCGGCCCUUUCCUCCAUAUCAAUGGACUGUGAACCAAGUGUACGGACUGAACUGGUCGAACAGCUUCCCAACAUUGCCAGUUUUUGUGCUAGUGAAGGUGGACUGCUAGAAAAUGUUGUCAAAGAGCACGUGGUUUCCAUAUUGGUGCAGUACCUUACGGAUGUUGCCAACCAGGUCAGAAAAAGGACCCAGGUGUCCCUGUUGUUUAUUUUAGAACAAGGAUUGAUAGAUCGCAAGCAGCUGGAAGAACAGAUAUGCAGUCUGGUGGUGCAUCUCACUGAAAGUGAAAACAUGGAUGACUAUCGCAUGGAAGCAGUAACAUUGAUGACUAAAAUGGCACCCUAUAUUGGAAAAGAAACAACUGCUGCAUUGUUCCUUCCAAGGUUCGUCAGUCUGUGUCAAGACUCUUCCUUCCAUAUACGAAAGGUGUGUGCUGCCAACUUUGGAGACUUUUGCAGCAUUGUGGGGCAGGAAUGUACAGAAGACAAUCUUAAUGUCUUUCAGAUGCUAUGCGAAGACUGUGUAUGGGGCGUGCGCAAGGCCUGUGCGGAAGUUUUCAUGCCAGUCUCAUGCGUUUGCUCUCUGACUACACGUCGCAAUAGCCUGGCGCCACUUUUUCUUAGCUUGCUGGACGACCAGUCACGAUGGAUUUUGCCAGUUGGCUGAACAGAUGGUGAGAGAAGAGUGCUUGAGUGAGGAUGAGUUAAUUGGAACUGUGCUGCCAAAGCUGCUGUACCUGUGCAGUGACACCGUGCCCAACGUCCGCAUGGCCCUAGCGCGUUGUCUGGUCAGAAGCAUUUGGCCCAAGGCCUUUUUUUGGGACACUGGAAAUUUCUACAGAGAAGAACUGAAGGCAACCCUAGCCAGCCUUCAAGCAGAUAAAGAUCGGGAUGUGCGCUUUUGUGCCCAGACUUAUCCGAAAGACUCUGUGGACUGAAUGACAUUCAAGUGAAUUAGGCAUUGUUUUUUUUUUCCUUCACCCUCCUCUCCAGAAGGGUCACUAUUGCACCCUCACAUUGAAGAUAUGGAGCUGUGAUAACACUCCCAGGGGGAGGGACCUUGUUCCGUUUUAG